GGAUAAUCAAUGAAGAAAACCUAAUUGCGCAAGGGCGUGAAACUUGAUUACAUAGGAGUUUACCACAGACUCUGGAAGCAGGAUGUUACUACCACAGACCCAAGCGUUAGGACUCACAGUCUUUAGGAUGAGUGCUUUACAUUAUUUAUAGUCAGCUCCAGAAGAAGAAAGCAGCAGCGCAGCAGCAGUUUCGAUUAGAGCCUCCCAGCCCGUCUGCGAUGGCCGCAGGGCCAAGCAUUACCGGCAUUGAGGGAUGGCGCGUGGCAUUGCUGCUAGUCGGAUUUGUGUUUGUCACCCUAUCCUUUGAGGGUCUGAUAGAUCAUGUGGAGAAACGUCUAAAGAAGCGAAAGGGGCUCUUGACAGCUUUUCGGGCCCUGAAAAAUGAACUCCUGUACCUGGGCUGCUUAUCCCUGCUACUUACUGUGACACAGCAAUACCUUGCCAUGAUCUGCAUCCCCCACACCGCCAACUCCUCCUACUACAAGUACAAACUCACCUACGAGCUGACCGACAGCUGCGGCGAGGGCAGGGAGCCGCUGUGGCCCGUGUCCGUACAGCAUGAAACCCACUACUUCAUCUUUGCGGUGGCGGUCACCCACAUCCUCUACUGCGCCCUCACAAUCGCCCUCACGCUAAAAAAGGUGGGCACCUGGCGGCAGUGGGAGGAUGCGGCGCUGGCUGAGGCGCGGGCGGGGGCGGGGGACGUCAAGGUGAUGCAGGAGAGCGUGUCGCGCUCACUCAUCAAUGCCAUGUGCGCCUCCGCGCUAGCCAGCGUGACGGGAGCAGCAGCAGGCGGCGACACCCACCCCCACCCCCACACCCACACCAGCACCAACCCAGAUGGCGCCCCCACCAGCAGCACCCCCAGCUCCUCCGCGCGGAGGCGGCGACGGGCGCAGCUGGCCGCUGCCGACCUGAAGGCGCUGGCUGCCUCCCUGGCGGCGCAGUUCCGGGUGUCGGUGUCACAGCCCAUGUACCACAACGUGCGGCUCAUGUUCAUAGAGAAGAUGGGGCUCACGUACGACUUUGACUUCCACUCGCUGGUGACAAAUGGCAUGGAGAACCAGCUGGCGCAUGCGGUCCACGCCUCCUGGCCUCUGUGGCUGAUCGCCACGGUGUUCCUGGUGCUGCCGCUGCCCUCCUUCGUGCCCUUCUGGGCCUACCUUCUGGUCAUGGGGCUGCUGCUGGUGGUGGGGGGCAAGCUGGUGUCGGUGACGGCGCUGCUGGGGCUGCAGGUGGCCAUCAAGUACGGCGACUCGGUGCUGUUCGGGCGCAUGGACUCGGCGCCCGUGCUAGCCCGCGCGGGCCCCAUGCGCCGCCGGCGCCUCAGCCUGUCGCAGCUGGAGGAGCACAUCAUCGGUGCGGACGGCAUCGGCGUGGGCGGGGAUGGCGUCGGCGGUGGGGCGGACGGCGGCGGUGGUGACAGCGACGGCGCCGUAGGGGCCGGCGGAGGCGAAGCCGCUGCUGCCGCUGGCGGUGGUGGUCCGCAUGUGUUGGAUGAGGCGCUGCCGACGGAUGCGGGUGUGGAUGUGGCGGCCCAUGUGGCGGCGGUGACGGCGCUGAGCAACCGGCAGGAGGCGCUCAACAUGCUGCGGACGCUGGCGGCUGCGCCACUGGGCGAGCCAGCUGCGUCCCCAGUGCCCAGAGAUUCCUUUUUCGCUUCAGCCCAACAUCCGUAUGAGCCAGGAUCAGGAUCCACCGCCGUCGUACAGCGCCCCUCAGGCCUCACAUCCUCCACAACCAUGAGGCCGUCACGGCUGGACCUGCAAGCCAGCAUCCCAACCAAGUCAACACUGGAUACCUCUCCUUCCCA